AUGGCCUUGAGAAAGAAUCCAAGGAGAUUGCCAACCAUGAAGGAAGCGAAACACAAUCUACGCGAGGCUUCGCGAAUGUGCAAUGAGGAUCUCGUUGAAAAGCUGCUGAAUGAAGGAGCCGAUCCUUUUGAGCCAGACUAUGAAGGAAAGACUGCCCUACACUACGCUGCCGAGGGUGCAGAGGAAGAUGUGGCAUGCAGGAUUAUUGAAAGAUUAUUGUUUGAUGAAAGGCAAGGAAGAACCAGCUGGGAGAACGCAUCAGCGCGUGAUAAGUACGGAAGAAACGUGCUUCAUGUUGCAGCUUUGCUUGGACGGAAAGAGCUUUGUAGAUUGAUCUUGGAGAAUAACACAAAUAUAGACACCGAGGAUCGUGAUGGACAGAGUGCUAUAUAUUAUGCAGUUUCUGGGCCUCAUGACGAUCCCGAUGUUUUGGACACUAUUUUAGGAGAGCAAGCUACAAAUCAAGUUCUUUUCGAAGAUUUCAGCAAAACAACCCCUUUGCACGUGGCUGCUGGUAUAGGCAACUUAAAAAUGGUGGAAAAGCUUCUUUCAGUGAUUCCAGAGCAAAAGCGUAAGAAGGACUAUGUUGUGGCAGCAGACGUGCUGGGUCAAACAGCACUGCACAAAGCAGCAAGUGGAGGCCAUUGUAAAGUUGUUGAAAUGCUUCUCGAAAGUGGAGCCCAUCCGUUAAAAGAACGCGACUAUGACGGCAAAAGAGCUCUGCGUUUUGCGGCUGAAGCAGAUGGCGAAGAUGCCGUGAAAAUAGCUAAAUUACUUCUGGACAAGUGUGAAUCGAGCGAACAUAGAAAACUGCUUUUGUUUGUUUCUGCAGAUGGAAUAGGUUUACGCUCCAAUUCUUCGCUUGACGAAUAUCUUAAGCAGGAAAUGGAUGAAAUAAAAAAAAGAUCAACGUACUACCACGGCCUAACAUUGGCGGAGAAUAUGCUUAUGGUAGCGGCAACAUUAGGCGAUAUUGAUAUGACACUGGAGUGUCUCACCAGGGGCGCAAGUAUUGCUCUCAUUCGCGAGAAGAAAUUGAUGGACUAUUUAUUUACAGAAGAAGAAAAAAGAAAUGUCCAAGAUGUUCUUCGGCGUAUUGCCUUAUCUGUUGGUGUUGAAGUAGAGGCGGACAUACCGGCUGGGCAGGAUACUCUUGGACGAAUGCCCUUUGCCAUUGGUUUGGCUGCAUUAUUUUCGAAUCCUUUAGUGCAAUCUCCAAUUAAUGUGGGAAUCUUGGGAGAAUGGGGAAUGGGAAAGUCUAGUGUAAUGCUUCAGACAGAGAUCAUUCUUCUAAAGACAGCGGCACAGUUAGCAUUCAGAGGUUCAUUUCAAAAAGAAGGCAUUUCCAGUUUUUCCCCGACUGGGAAAGCCAGGCGUAGGAAAAUAGCAAAUGCAAUAGAGAGGUUAGAAGCUAAAAGAUGGAUUGGCCUCAAUAUUAUUCACAAUAUCUUUUACUCUAUCAAACGAGUAAAGAACUUCAUAGCAAAGGAGUUCACAACCCAUCAGAGCUGCUUCAACAAAAUGUGUUUAUAUCUAUCCCAGUUCUCAAAUUCCAAUUCUGAACAGAGUAGAAACAGAAGGACAAUUCCUGCAGAGGAUUCAAUAACUUCAGUAAGGAAUUUGAAAACCAAAGUUUUAAUUAAGGGUAGAGAAUACUUGUGUUCUGUAUGCCAGGAGAAAAUGUUGGAAGGGGAAUUAAUAAAGAAGAUGCCAUGCAAACGUGAAUACCAUGAGGAGUCUACUGAUAAGUGGUUGGCUUCCUCAAACUUCAGCCCACUAAGAAAACAUGAAUUGCCCAGUGAUGAUUCAGAUUAUGAGCAGAAAAGGGAGUAGAGAAAGAAGUAGAGAAGAGAAUGAGAUUGUAUCUUCUAAAUUUGGGAUAACAAUUUGCUUGUAUUAGUAUGAUAAACUUAAUUUGUUUUAGAGAAAAUGGGCACCAAAAAAGCUAUACUUGAGUUUGAUAA